UAUUAUUAUUUAUUUAUUUAUCAUAAUUAUUAUUUAUAAAUGUAUGACAAUGUCUAGUUGCAAUAAACUUAAAGGCUGUGUUGUCCCUUUCUGGAAACCAUAAGACCGAACCUUGUGUGGUUGGUAGCGCAAAGCUGAUCCACACGCGCUUUGCCAUCCGUCUCUCACACCCCGGCUAACUGUUCUCUCAUUUGAACUACGGCUGACUUAUCGGUUCCCUUUUCAAUUUGCGCUGAGCAGGCCUGUCGUUUUUGUAACCCAACCAAGCAAACGUCUGUUUUGAUUUUAUUUUAGUUGAUUAUGGCAAAUGUAUCGUCAUCGCAAUUGUUUUGCCUUGGAAAUGAGCUGGGGCAUAGGCGUAAAUUUAGGGUGGGACGGACAUGUCCCCACCAAUUUUUAGGAAACAUGUAAUUGUCCCCACCAAUAAUUGCGAGCCUAACAUAUAUAUUUUUUAUUCUUUUAACAUUUUCUGCUCCACACUUGGUUAACUCUCUCAAGGUCAGCGUUACUCUCCUGAUUGGCAGGAGAGCGCUGAUCACAAUGUGUACCAGCGGCCUGACAGCUAACGGUGGUCAAGUGAGCGUCGAAGAGAGACUGUGAGAAGAGAUUCAAUGAUUGGCUCUUUGGCAGGCUAUACUCCUGUAAGGAGCGGCAGGCGGGGUCUUGGAAUACCUUCAACAUUUGGGACUGUAACAGAAGAUGGAAGUACCGUUGACAUUACCUGCGAGCCACCAAACUCUGGUUCCAUGAUUUUUUGGUUUCGAGUGACUGACAACGUAGCCAUGGAGUUUAUUACCACAAAGGCUUCAGACGGGACAGUGAAAGUACCAAUAAACGAAGAAAUAUUCCAAAAACCAACAAUGAAGAAGCAAGUCACAAUUAAGAGUUUUAAGAAAGAACGCGACAGUGGCUCUUACGGCUGUAUGUCAAUUAACAAAAAUGAACUUAAGUUUGGUGAAGUUACUGUUCUUGCUGGACCAGCACCAAAAACAGAAGCAACAACAACGAAAGCACCAGCAAAGACAGCCCAAUCCAUUCAAUCCACAACAACCAAGUCGUGUGCUUGUAACUCUGAUAAAGUGGGGGAGAAGAACUCUGGCCUAUCCUGUGAUCCUUUGAUGUGGGGCCCACUGGCUGGGGGCUGUGGCCUUCUCGUCCUCCUUCUCAUAGUCACCAUAUGUUACUGCAAUCGUGUUAGAACCAGACGCUGCCCUCAUCAUUACAAAAGACAGAAACAAACGGCACAAGGAAAGCAACAUGCUAUGGCUACAAGACAUGUUUAAUGCCAUUAAGUAUAUUUCCUUUAGAACAUUUUGAAACAAUAAAUGAACGCUUUGAAAACAUAUACUAAUUUACAGAGACAAAACAAUCAAUUUAAAACACUUUGAGGUUAGAAAAACACAUUUGGGUUUCAAACAGCAUCUUCUAGAGCUUAAAAAAGGCUCAGUGCAGUAAGGUUCUACUUGGAACAUACUUUAGAGAGUACAAUGUGAAAUGUUGACUGUCAAAUGACUGUUUGAUGUGGAGUAAAAUUGAGCAUUUUGCGUUUUUAAUAUUUUCAGUUCACAAUGAUUUUAUGUUCUUUCUCUCUUCCUCCUACAAAAACCUGGGCUUUUGGAAAAUAAUCCAUUACAUGCACUGAAAUUGAUGCUUCUACUGUAACACAUUUAAAGCUUGCCUGUAAACAAGCUUUUAAGUAAAUAAAAAUAUUAAACUUAUUUAAAGUUGUGUGCCUUAAAUGCUCAAUCACACAAAAAAUAUAUUUAUACAUUUUUAAAUGAAUGCUUAUUCUGUGAGCUAAGUAAUGAAGCUACGUAAUGGGGCAAGGGAAAUGUGUGUGUAUGUGUGUGUGUCCGCGUCUCAUGUAUGUUUGUUACCACUUGCGGUAAUGUACUUUUGAAAUAUCGUUUGGAAAAUAACAAGUCUGAAAGUGUACAACUACAUAGCUUUUUAUUUGCAUUUUUACAACACUUGAAAUCCAUUUACUUGUACGUUCCUCAUUCCCAUCAAUUAUUACACCUAAGUGCGCAAGUGUCCAAGGCCACUGCAGGCAAAGAUAAAACCUUGAAAAUAACUUUUUGCUAAGACAUCUGAAACACCCAUUCAAAAUCACACAACUGUCAGAAGAGGAAGCACAUUUCUAGAGUUUUGAACACUGAAAAACCACCAAGCCUCACACUAGGAGAAGUAAGUAAUUUAGACUUGUGAUAAACGACUGUCAAAUAUUUCCCUUUAACUAUAAUAUUUGUACAUUUUACAUUAGGCUACACCACUUUUACCAAAUGACCCAAUUUUGAAUGUGUAGUGUUAACUUACAGAAUUAUUUUAGCUUUUCAUCAUUUUGUGGUAAAAUGUUUAGGGCUCUCUGUUGUCUACUUUGUUGAACAAGUUGGUCACUUAGACCCCUGAUGACUGAAUGCAUGAAACACAUAAUUAUACAUUUCAAAUUUGCAAUAAAACCCUAACCCAAAUAUUAUUAUUUUGAGAUAUGUAAGCUAUACCUAAACCCGAACAAAUAAUGUUGACAAGAAAAGUGGCAAAUAUCCACUUUGCCUUUUGAAGUUCUGACUAGUAGUGAUAGGUAUUGUGACUGUGUACAUUUUACAGUAGUACAUUCCUUUACAAAUUAAGGCAGUUUACAGAGGUAGCAACCAUUCCAGUACACUUGUAAGUGUACUUUCAGAAACCACUAUUUGCAUCUACAAGGCCAUGUGUACAUGAAAUACCCUUGUUUUAUAGAUAUUGCUUAACAGAAA